AUGCUUAGUCUCUUUGCUGUCGAGGUUACGUACCUCAUUGUGCCUGCCAUGGUCAUUUUUGUUAUGUUUGUUGCUCCUAUACCAGGCCUGUCGCAUUAUGUUUCUCGUGCUGUGAGCUUUGUGGAGCGUUUGAAUUUUCAUGGGGUCUCGCUAUUGUUGCUUGUCACACUUGUUACAUUCGUAAGCUUUGUGGUGCAGCUUGUUGAUUGGAGGAAAAAAUACAGUCAGGGGAAGCCGCGUUUUGCGGAUUUGAGCCUUGAAGUUGACUGGGAAGCUAAGAAAUGGCGCUUCGAGCGUAACAUGUAUAUUCAUGCUCUUGCCACUGUGCUAUGUGCCUCAAUUAUGAAGUUUUCAAGGCUUUAUACCGCUCUGGAGAAAUACUCAACAGCAGCUGUGGGGGCCAAAAAGAAUCGAUAG